AUGACCCAACCACGAAACGGUGCUGGGUUUGGGCGUCUCCCGUUAUUUGUCGCCCAUAAAAUGGAUGAUGGAAGAAACACAGAAAGGAACGCGCAUAGGGCCGCUGCCUGGGGGUCGCCGGGGCGCGUCUGGAGCCGUCUAGCAGCCCCUCGCAUCCAUCAUCCCCACCAGAAGGCUUGGUGUCGGCUGGGUCUUAUCGGACUCAGCAAGCCGCACCCGCCGCUGGUGGAGCACGUCGCAUGCGUUGGACAAAAUCUAUGA